CGGUUCUGGGCCAGCUGCAUAUAAACACAAGGGACACUUGACUCAAACUUACAGCGCUUUCAACACUUACUCACAGCCCUCUUAUCUCGUUCUGCAAGAACCCUUAACACGAUACAAUGGCUGGUCGCGGCAAGGGCAAGACCUCUGGCAAGAAGGCCGUGAGCCGCAGCGCCAAGGCUGGGCUGCAGUUCCCUGUGGGCCGCAUUGCGCGCUACCUGAAGAAGGGCAAGUACGCCGAGCGCAUUGGUGCCGGCGCGCCCGUGUACCUGGCCGCCGUGCUGGAGUACCUGACCGCUGAGGUGCUGGAGCUGGCCGGCAACGCCGCCCGCGACAACAAGAAGAACCGCAUUGUGCCCCGCCACAUCCAGCUGGCCAUCCGCAACGACGAGGAGCUGGGCAAGCUGCUGGGCGAGGUGACCAUCGCGUCGGGUGGCGUGCUGCCCAACAUCCACGCCGUGCUUCUGCCCAAGAAGACCAAGGGCGGCAAGGGCGAGGAGACCGCCUAAAGCGCCUGGCCUCGAUUCCUCAUUCGCACAACAAACUCGGUGUUUCUCAACACCACCACUACCUGGCUCUGGGUGGGGCGCGUGGGCUUGCUAGGGCAAGACACGCGGGUAGGAAGCCCGCUUGUUCAGGGGGCGAGAGGCAGGAGUGGCAAGCGGUUCGAUCUGCGGACAGUAACGUGCAACCUGGUGCUAGAUGAGUUGCUGGUGCUCUUUGGGGCUUCGGGGCUGGGGCUGGUUGGAAGCAAACUUCCUAGACGCGUCUGCACGUCACCACAAACCUGGCUUCGGUAUUGGCAAGGUGGGCCGGUGAGGUAUGCUCGCGUACCGGGUCGUAGUCUGGCACUCUGGCCACCUUUCCGGGGACUAGCUGGCUGGGGUCGAUUGCCAAUGAAUUGGAAUGGGUGGCAUGGUGGGUUAUGGCAACCAAGAUGCCUGCGCAGGGCUACCCCAACACCCUCAGAUGCGCGUGCACGGGGGUCAAGAUGCCUAUGGAACUUAGCUGCCAGACCAGACCCACCCCGCCAGAUGCCUGCGCUAGGCAACUUUCCCACCCUCCGAGGUGGUUCGGGCGGGAUGGGUGUGAGCAAGGCUGCUCCCCUAGUCACGUAGCUGUUGUGUUAAAGUAUGUGAUGCAGGUGCCCCCUGGCUGGGUGACAAAGGCGAAAAGAUUCCUGGCAACUCGAGCGCUUGCCAGCAGGGUUGCAUAGUUCGUAGUACGCGUACUAUGUACUGCGUACUGUACUACGUACUGUACGCUGCCCUCGUCGGCUAGUACGUUGGAAAAUACGUUGUGCUGGGGAAACCAGCGGGGUGGGCCGUGGCAGCGCCGUGGCGGGUGAGGGGCGCGAGGGGUGCUGGAAAGGAUGUCCGUCGAAGUUCGCGAACCAUGGCUGCUCUUCGCACUGCAGCUGUGUUUUCUUAUAACAAUAUGAUUAUAAUAAGUUGAAGGAAAUUCCGCUAGAAGACUAUGGCCGCGCAAAUCCAAAUUCACACCGAUUCGGGCAUGGUGCAGGCACACGUGUCGUGUUUGCAUCGGCUUUCCCCCCGGAUUUCCUGGCCCAGCGUAUUAUGCACCGUAUUGUAACGUACUGUACUAGAAAUCCUAGUACGCUGUAUUAAUACGCAUAUUUGGAGAGAGGGUCGCGUACUAGGCAACCCUGCUUGCCAGCUUGCACCCUUUCCGGACCUGGGCUGAGGGUUGAUGUGGGGCUGGCUCGGUAGAAGUGCUCCAUGUUUGCUGCCUGCUAAGUGUUGUGCCAGGCGAAACCUGUGAGUGAGGCAGCACCAGUGGAGCCCAAAUGAAACACGCU